GUCACAAAUAUAUGUCAGAAAAUCCGAUACCAUCAACUGUCAAAUGAAACUUAAACAUAACCUUCAAAUCGAUGGAUAAUGGACUAAUUUCCGAAAAAAAAUCUUGUUUACAAUUUAUUUUGCGAAAGCUCAAACGGAAUAAUUGAAAAACUAUAAAAUGUUAUCAGUGAAAAGGUUCCCGGCACUUUCAGCGUCAAAAUUUCAAAAUAAACUACAUUUUAAUCUGAGUAAUUAUGUCUUAGGAAAGCAAGUAAACAAACAUUGUGAAAGUAAGAUGUUGAAAUUAUGUAGAUCGUUCUCUGUUUUACACAAUUUGACCGCCAAAUCUAAGAAUCCGCAACUCAGAACCUUCAAUGCAGAAUAUAAAGCUGCUUGUGCAUUACUUAAGAGGUCACAACUUCCAAGCUUGGACUCUUUCAUCCACAGCAUAAGCACAAGGGGCAUCCACACCACACAAACCAACCAUAACCAACAAGAUGAUAAAGAUAAGGAUAAAAAAGACAAGAAGAAUAAUGAACUCUCUUCUCUAUUAAUGAAAGCAGUUUUUUGGAUGCUCACAACUUGUAUUUUAAUUAUCAUGAGUACUCUGCUUGUACCGAGUGACACUCCACAGAAUGAGGUAAUACGAUAUGUGUCCUGGAAUGAAUUUGUUUACUCGAUGCUGGCGAAAGGUGAAGUUCAAGAGUUGAUAGUACGACCCGAUAUGGAAGUUGUCACAAUUAUACUUUAUGAGGGCGCCAUCAUCAAAGGAAGGCGGGCAAACAACAGAGUCUUUCACAUAAACGUUGGCGACAUACACAGAUUCGAAGAAAAGCUACGGGAAACCGAGAAGAACCUAGGAGUCAAAGAAGGUGUUCGUGUUAUAUACGACAGAAACGGGAGUGUAGCUGGUAAAGUUAUAACUACCCUACUCAUAGGCGCUGUCAUUUUGUCCUUCUUAUACUCGACUAAGAGUAUGAAAAUGAAUAUAAAUCUCGGUGGAUUCAGCCAACUGGGCAGAGCUAAGUUCACUCUAGUGGAUUCUAUGACCGGUCAAGGCAAAGGUGUGAAAUUUGAAGACGUCGCCGGUCUUAGGGAAGCCAAAAUUGAAGUUAUGGAAUUCGUGGACUAUCUAAAGAGGCCGGAGCAUUACAAGAAUUUGGGUGCAAAGGUACCAAAAGGUGCGCUUUUGCUUGGCCCGCCUGGCUGCGGGAAAACGUUGCUGGCUAAGGCGGUGGCUACAGAGGCCAACGUUCCGUUCCUGUCUAUGAACGGUUCAGAGUUCAUCGAGAUGAUCGGAGGCUUGGGGGCCGCUAGAGUCAGAGAUCUGUUCAAAGAGGCAAGUUCUCGUAAGCCCUGCAUCAUAUACAUAGACGAGAUGGACGCGGUGGGCAGAGCCAGGGCUUCCGGCACGUCCCCCUGGGGUCCAGGCGGAGGCGAAUCGGAGCAGACCUUGAACCAGCUGCUUGUGGAAAUGGACGGCAUGAAGAGUAGGGAAGGAGUCGUUGUGUUGGCUUCGACUAACAGAGCUGAUGUGCUCGAUAAGGCGCUCCUCAGACCUGGCAGAUUCGAUCGUCACAUAUUAAUCGACCUGCCCACCCUCCAAGAGCGCGAGGAAAUUUUCGAACGACAUCUAAAAAGCAUUGUACUAGAAGAGCUGCCAACGUAUUACAUAAAGAGAUUGGCUUAUCUUACGCCCGGAUUUAGUGGUGCAGAUAUAGCUAAUGUGUGUAAUGAGGCCGCCUUGCAUGCCGCAAGAUUCAAACAGAACAUUGUGAAGGCAGCUAAUUUAGAAUACGCCGUUGAAAGAGUUGUUGGUGGUACCGAGAAACGUAGUCACGCCAUGUCGCCGGCCGAGAAGAGGAUAGUCGCCUACCACGAGUCCGGUCACGCACUCGUCGGCUGGCUGUUGGAACACACGGACGCUCUAUUGAAAGUUACAAUAGUGCCUAGAACGAACAUGGCUCUAGGUUUCGCUCAGUACACGACGUCGGACCAGAAACUCUACACUAAAGAAGAGCUAUUCGAUCGUAUGUGCAUGGCGUUGGGCGGCCGUGCAUCUGAAGCCAUAACCUUCAAUUCAAUAACAAGCGGUGCGCAGAACGACUUGGAGAAAGUCACGAAAAUAGCCUACGCUCAGGUGAGAGUCUAUGGGAUGUCGCCAACGGUUGGUCUCGUCUCCUUUCCCGAUAUCAACGAACGUGGCAAGAGUCCGUUCAGCAAGACCCUCAAGAACCUGAUAGAUCUGGAAGCCAGGAAGAUAAUAGCGAACGCUUAUUACAGGACCGAAGAUAUAUUGAGAACGAAUCAAGAUAAACUGAAGAAGCUCGCUGAAGAGCUUCUCAAGAAGGAAACAUUAAACUUCAACGAAGUUCAAGGUAUAUUAGGUCCACCGCCCUUCCCCGGGAAGAAGUUCAUCGACCCCGUAGAAUUCGAGAACAGCCUCAAGAAUAUGGAGAAGGCGGCAUCCUCUGAAGAGGGCACGCCUGUCGGAGCGCCAUCAGCGAAACCAGAGUCGCAGCCUGGGUUGUGAACCCACAUAUGGCCUCAUUCGUGUAGAAUAUAACAGUAUAGCAGCGUUUUAUUUUGAUGUAAAUAACAUAUCGACGCUUGAAAGGCAAACGUGACUAAGCGACAAUAACUUCUUUAUGCAUAAAUGAUAGGGAAUAACCAUAUACGAUGCGCAAAAAAAAAAUAUUUCUAGGUCUAUUAAAAUAAUUUCAAUCCUACAGCUAGUUUCGUUAAAAUAGAUUUUUUUUCAGGUAUAUCAACUUUAAAUUAGUCUACUGUAAAGUUCACGCAUUGUCGCUUAGUCAUGUUUGCCUUUCAAGCGUCGAUAUCAUUCGAGGUACCACCACCCCGUCUAUUUCUGCCGUGAAGCAGUAAUGCAUUUCGGUUUGAAGGGCGGGGCAGCCGUAGUUAAAAGUGAGACCUUAGAACACAUGUCUAAAGAUAGGUGGUGGCAUUUACAUGCUAGAUGUCUAUGUACUCCGGUAACUACUUAACAUCAGGUGGGCCGUGAGCUCGUACACCCAACUAAGCAAUAAAAAAAUCAUUCAGUAAAGAGCUUGAAGUAAUAAUGGUUUCAAAAAUGUUAAGUUACAGUCGGCGAUUUUUCUAGUCCUUUUUUGACAGUUGACAAGUGGCUUCUUGUGAAGCCAAUGUUGCCAUUUUUAUAAAAAAAAGAUAUUACUAAACCUACUUAUACAUACUACAGAUUCGGUUUUCUGAAAAAUGAUGUAAGAGUGAAAUGAGUUGAAUUUGAUUUAUUUCAUUUCAUCCCAAUUGACGAUUAUGAGUUCAUAAUCGUCAAUUGGCAUGAAAUUAAAUUUAGUACAUUAUAAUCAAAAUAAGAAAGAGAUAAUUUCGAUUUAAAAUGUGAAAAUGCUAUAACGAUUUUGAUAAAAAUCUGUUAAAAGAAAACUGCUUCAAAUUAUUACAAAACAAAAACUGUGACUUAUAAUUCACUACGACUAAUAAUAUUUCUUUUUAUUUUCGAAUGUGAAUAUGAAAAAUUAAAACGCUGUUAAGAUAUAUUAAAGAAUAAGAGGGUCAAUCAAUAAAUAAUGUUAUUAAUGUUGCCUGUUCGUUUAAUUAAUUUUAAUUAACAAACACGCAACCUGACAUAGAAUUUACAUACAAAACUACAUAGAAUUACUUUGAAAGAGUCACCUCUAGAGACAAUCCUUGUAAAUUGAACGUUCUAUUUCUGUAUAGCAAAUUGAAUCUACGAAAUUAGUGAAAUUAGGUCGAAAUUAGUGACGUAACAACCUGCGUCGAGGACUAAAACUACCCGCAUUUAUUGAUUAAAAAAAACGACAUCGCAUUGCACACAUAGUGUGUUAUUGGUUAUUGAUUAUUUUUAUUAUUUAGUAUCAUUAUAUUUCGUAACUUUAUAAGAGGAUUAGCCGGUGGUCAUCCCUAUUACUUCGAUCGACUGCGUCCCACUCUCCAUUCGACUUUGUUCUGUUUUUUUGUCUUGUCCAGUAAAAAUAAAGGACUACAAAAUUAUGUACAAAUGCUAAAUUGUAUUAAAACGUUAUUCUUUUAUUUUAAUUAAAUAAUGUUUUUCAUAUUUAAUUUAUUUCAUAAUAAUUAAUUGAUAUUAACAAAAUAUGUGCUUAAAUGUAAUUUUGUCAACCGUACAAUCCUUCGAUCUUUUGACCAUAAACGUUUUGCUUGCGAGUUGUAUCGUAUUAAACUUUAUUUGAAGUAUACAGCAUUAGUAAGAUACAAUUGAAAUAUGAAUAUCAAUAUCCUCAAUACUAAAGUAUAUACGGCUUCAGCGCGAAUCAUAUGCUAAAAGAUGCCACACCCUAAAACGAUUAUUUUUAAGAAGAAUAAAUUAAAAAUAAUUUGGUCCGAAUUGAUCUUCCGUUGUCGAAGUUGUAACUUUAUAGGUAAUAAUGCGAUAAACACAAUGCAUUUAUGUUCUGGUCUCUAGAAGUGAGGUAGAAGAAAUUAAUAUGACCGGUGUGUUACCAAGGCUCUUGUCGCCAUAACAAUAAAAGCAAUAGAAAAGUGUGCAGCAAUUGCUUCAUUGCUUCAUUGUUACUUAAAUGAUGACUAUGAAACACAAAAAGAAUUAACAAGUUUUUAAAAGUCAAGAUAUAGUUUCCCUUUUUUGCCGAAAUCGAAUUAUAUGUCAGAAAUAAAAAUGAAAUGAGAUUGCUUAUAGAGAGAAAAGUCUAUUAAAUAAAUGGAUAUUUUCUAUCACCGUUAACUUUUGGUAGGCAGCGACUUGGCUGUACCCCUGGCAUAGCUUACGUUCUUGAGCCACGGUAAACACUUAACACCAGGUGGGCUGUGAGCUCGUCCAUUCAUCCAAGCAAUAAUAAAAAAUUCAAAAACUUCACAAGCGACGUCUGUUUUCAAAGAAUUCAAAAAGAACAUUUUGAUGUGAUCAUCAUUUGUUUUUUAUUUACCAGGUUUUUUAAUAUUUUCUUUUGUGCAAGGUUUAAUUUAGUUAAAAAACUAAAAGAAAUAUGCUAUAAAGUUCGCAAAUUUUCUUCUAGAGCUUCGAUCGGCUAAUUCAAAAUGAUCCAACUUGGAUUAAAGAAUUAUAGAUUCUUGCUCUUAUGUAGUGACUAAAUUAAAUCUUUAAUUUACGAAGAAAAAACGUACAACAAAAGCGGAGUCUUCGUAUUUUGUGCUGUUCCUAAAUUUGUUCUAGGAUUACGAUGUUUUGUAAACAGUCAUAUGACGCGGUACGAAAAUGUACGCGUUUGGCGUUAAAUGUUGACAUGCCAUUGUCAGAUGGUGACUUUAGAAAUCAAUGUAGUUAGAUUUGUUUUGUAAUUUGCGAUACAAUAAAAGAAAACUUGCAAAGCGAAUGUUAUAUUUACAUGUUGUUCAAUAAA